AUGGAGCCUUGUUGUGUGCCCAUCCCCCACCAUGACCGCAGAGCGGGAUUGAAAUUCAAGAACCGCCAGCUUCGACUGAACGUGACAACGAGCCAAGGGAACAAGCCAUCAGGUUCGUUCUGGGUUUCCAGUUGCCUAGCUCGCUUGCCAUGCAGUUCUGUUCCCUGUCUGCUGGGUAUGGAAGGAGAGGCAUGGAAGGCGCCAGGGAAGAAUCACGACCUCACCGAACCAGGUCCUUCAAAACGAAUCAGCCAGCGAGUCCACCACCUCCACUCCCGCCCGCUCUCACCCACACCCCGCCAACAACCUCUUUCGCAGCCAUCUCCUCUCGCUUCCAUCAUGGCCUCGCCGCGGUUCUCGUUUCUAGCAGCGUCGCUCGCCGUUCUGCUCCUAGCCACGGCGAGCUGCGCAUUCGCGCGACUCCACGCUGCCCCCGUUGUUAAGCCCGCCCCAUGCAAGAAGUCGGGUCUGAAGUACGCCAAGUCCGUCGCGCUCACCACCAACCUGUUCUUCCACUGGAACAUCACCGCGGCGAAGGACGGAAUCAUCGCUGCGAUUGAGGCGAAGAAGGGUAGCGGCGCCGAGAAGGGCUGGAUUUCCAUUGGCUGGACGGCCACACGUGGCAAAAUGUGUAACUCCGACGUGGUUGUGGGGAAUCUCGCGGCAGCUGCGCCGAACAACGUGCUGGCUUACUCGAUGACCAGCAGGGACCUGAGCGGGAUUCAAACGACAAAUGCCGUGACGCUCUCAGCGACAUCUGUGGUAGCCACCGCUGCCCCUGCCACUGGUGGCAAGAUUGUUAAGUUCACUCGCACUGGCGGCGGCGGUCUGGCGCCUGUCACUUACACGGGCAGCAACAACAUGAUCUGGGCCUUCUCGAAAACCCAAGAUUUCUCCAAAGUCCACACCAAACGAGGGAGCAUCGUUAUCAACCUCGCGUGCUAG